CCCGGGCAGUCAACCACGAGGCGUAUUCAGGGGGCCAUACGAACCCAUUUGAUCCAGCUAUUUGCAUCGUCUUUGCUCCCAGCCAAUCUCGGCCCUCCAUCUAUCUCUAUCAACCAGGCCUAGCCUCAGGACCACCACUAUCAAGUCGGCUGCCCUGUCCCCUUCGAGGAAAGGUCCGCACGCCUCCCGUGUCUAAGGGAUCCAGAAUGAACAGAAAAAAUUCUCGUGCCUCUCGCUUCGAGGUCAAACAUAGCACAUUUGACAACACCACAAGAGCAAUGGAGACCUGUGAACUGUGGGAUCUAGCGUGGAGGUGGUCUGGCGACGAAAAAUUUGCCACGCGCAUUCUCGCCAUGGUGGACUCUGCUUCCGAUAUCCGGUGAGAGACUCUCCAGGUAUAUAGUAGGUCUUGUCCUGCUGCGUCUCCACAACUCUUCUCUCCAUCAAGACUCUCUUGUCCCGCAGGGUGAUCCUCUCCAGAUUCGACUUCCAACAUUGUCUCUGAGUCUACGACCAUGGCGUCAGUUGCAGUCCCGGUCGCCCCGGAGUUCAACUCCAGCAUGGCCAACGGAGGCAAUCCGCAGGUGAUAGACGUCAACCUGCCUUACACCGGCCUCGAGUACCACUACGUCUACCAGGUCAUCAUGGGAUGUCUCGUCUUCGUGAUUGUCCCCGGUAUCGGUCUGCUCUACGGUGGUAUGACGCGCAGGAAGUCGGCCUUGGCCAUGGUGUUCCAAUCCCUGACGGUUAUGGCUGUUUGCUCCUUUCAAUGGGCCUUUUGGGGCUUCUCCCUCGCCUUUUCUCGAACUGGCGGGCCUUUCAUUGGCGAUUUGAAGAACUUUGGAAUGAUCAACGUCAUGGCCGCGCCGUCCUGGGGUUCCGCUGUCAUCCCCGACAUUGUCUUCGCCUUCUAUGAGUUGAUGUUCUGCGCCUGCGCGACCAUGAUCGUUGUCGGCGGCUCGUUCGAGCGUGGCCGUGUCCUUCCGUCUAUCAUCUUCGGCUUUUGCUGGGCCACCCUGUGCUACUGCCCGAUUUCCUACUGGACCUGGAAUGCCAACGGCUGGCUGUUCACCUUCGGUGCUCUUGACUUCGCUGGUGGUGGCCCUGUCCACAUCUCCAGCGGUACUGCCGGGUUGGCCUACGCCCUUGUCCUCGGCAAACGAAGCCGAUAUGGCGAGAAGCACGUCUACAAGCCCCACAACGUCACCAUUGUUUUCCUCGGAACCACCCUCAUUUGGUUCGGAUGGUUUGGCUUCAACGGCGGUUCAGCUCUGAAUGCCAGCAUUCGCGCCAUGAUGGCCAUCUGGAACACCAACUUGGCUGCGUCAACUGGUGUCGCUGGUUGGGUCCUGAUGGACUACAUCAAGCACCGCAAAUUCUCCGUCAUUGGCGCUUGUGAGGGUGUGAUUGCUGGUCUUGUUGGUAUUACACCUGCGGCUGGUUAUGUGUCUGUCUGGUGUGGAGCUGCCAUUGGUUUCAUCACCGCCAUUGUAGUCAACCUGUUCGAGCCCGUCAACGAGUGGCUUCACAUUGAUGAUGGCUUGGAAGUCUUCAAAUUGCACGGAAUCGGUGGCAUGUGCGGAGCAUUCCUCACCGGUAUCUUCGCUUCUGCUUCUGUCUCGUCUCUCGACGGCGUCACCAUCGCUCAAGGAGCCAUCGAUGGCCACGGCGUGCAGGUUGCUAAGCAACUCGCCGAAAUCGCCGCCAUUGCCGGCUGGUCCUUCACUCUCUCGGUCAUCAUGCUCACUAUCCUGAAAUACAUUCCCGGCUUGCACCUGAGAGUGACGGAUGAGGUGGAAAUUAUCGGUCUGGAUCUCGACCAGUUCUCCGACGAGCUCAUUGGCGAGUGGUCGUUGUUCCAAGAUGAAGCCUCGGUGCGUCGCAGCUCGAUUGCUCAGAUCAACGCUCAGAUCACCCAGGGUGUUGCACCCGCUGGAUCAUCUACUCCGCAGUCUGAGAGCGUUACUGGAGAAAAGGAGACGGCCAAGGCUAGCGCUGAAGGGCAGCAGUGAUUGUGCUGCAUGCGAGCCUAGUCACCCCCGAUGGUCUUGUGUGGUUGUGCUGUAUUCGGAUGUGUCACUUUAUAUACCCAGAUAUGUAGGAGCUUCCAUAGGUUGAGCGAGGAGUGGAAUCAAAAAUUGUCACCAUUGUAA